CGCCACGCCUUCUUCCAGGGUCCUCCGCAGCUUUGUCGUCACGGUCACCUUGACGUCGGGCCUCGAGCUUGGGUAAGAGCGACAAAAAAGGUGGAGCGCGGAGGGACGUCGCUCCAGCACGGCCAUCUUCUUCUGGUUCGCUCAGGGCAUGCUGUAACGUCAAGUGAUGUCUACCACCCAGGAAACAUCCAACAUCAGCGGUUAUCAUGAUAAAACCCCCAUUUACAUAGAUGAGGAGAUUCUGCAGGAGGCAGUACUAGAGCAAGGUCUUCAAGAUCAAGCUGAACGCAUUGCCAAGAAAGAGGGAAUCCGCUUCAACGAGGCCCUCAGACUGAGUCUGGAAUACAGAAACAUCCAGAAGAUUGACCACCUAUGGGAGUUCUCUUCGUUAACCAAGUUGAAUCUGAACAACAACUUCAUCAAGAAGAUCGAAGGAUUGGACCACCUCGUUAAUCUGACAUGGCUCAAUCUGUCAUUUAACAACAUCAAGAAAAUGGAGGGUCUGAAUGGUCUCCGUAAGCUGGAAGUGCUGAAUUUGUCCAACAACAGAAUUGCUCUCAUCGAAAACAUGGACAGCCUUAUGGAGCUAACCAUUCUAUGCAUUGCGAACAACAAACUCCAUCAACUCAACAAUGUGGUCUACCUCCGCAAGUUCAAGAAACUCUUCACCCUCAAUAUAGAUGGCAAUCCUAUCCCUGAGGAGAACAACGAGGAAAAGUACACCCUUUUCCUCGCUGCCUAUUUCCAGCAAUUGAAGUUCCUGAACAACAUAUUUCUUAAUGAGGAUAUAAGAAAUAGGGCCUCGGCCAAGUACAACCUGGACAUCGAGGAGAUGAACCAAGGAGAGUUGCAGGCGCAACAAGCGGCUGAGGAAAAGCGAAGGCAGGAAGCUAUACUGCAAAUGCAUGAGGAUGCGUUCGUGGAGCAGUUGAAUGGAGAUUAUUUGUACAACAACAUCAUCCAAAAUGACACCGAGUUAAGCAAACUCCACUGCCUGCCGGGGGUGGACGAGUUACUCGAGGCAUUCGAGCGCCAGCUCACCGACCUGUGCAACCAGCUGUUUGAAGUCGGCUUGACCGAGUACAAGCGAAGAGACGCCGAGGUGAACUUAUUCUUCAGUCGACUCAAUGCGGACGUGACGGACAGGCAGCGAAGAGCAUCCGAAGUACUGGCUGAUUUUCAGAUGCGACAUAAGCGGGUGGGCUACGCAGAUGUCCGAACCUCGACAUCAACUCGGACAGCUGAAUCGCGACGAUGUUCAUUCAGUUCCCAAUUGAAGAAUGUGUUUAUUAUUGGGUGGAGUGUAUUGGCGAUGUCAAAGUAUUUGAACUCUCAGUAUGAUGCCGGGAAAAAAAAAAAAGUGUCCGUCAAACUCGAGCCUUACCGUCAGAAGGCUUGGAAACAGCUCUUGUAUUGGAUCUGCUGCCGCCGAUGUAUUUGGGUGCUGCGCUCUUCUAGAACGGUGGAUUUGCAGGAGGCCCCAGAGAGUGAAAAGAAGAGCAAGACGGACGUCUGCCUCCAAGAAAUCAAGGUUUUGUGUUAUAACCUGAUGGCAGUGGAAUUUCAACUAUACAGCUACCUGGAGGAAACGGUCCGAAGGUUCGACAACAACAUCUCCGAGAUGACCGCCAGCUUCAGCGAAACCGCUCAAGGCAUAUAUCCUUUACACGUCCACGCCGCUACUCGUCGGGAUCGAACAUUCGUCCACUGUCGAGAGCUGGAGGACAGCCACCAUCAGAAGAUAACGCAAAUCGCUGUCACCACGCUGGAGGUGGUGGCCAAGGGCGAGGCCGAAGAUGAUUUGCCAGAUGAUGUUAGAAUGUUGUUCUUGGACAAAAACACAGUGAUGGACACCCUGGCCGCCAGCCACGAUAACCAUCUGCAGACCAUCAACGACAGGGAAACUCAGUUGGUUACACGCGCCGAAGCCUGGAAAGUGGCCCUCAUUAAAGGGAUCGAAGACACCGAACUGAAGAGGAACCGAAUGCGCAUCGCAGAUCUCCACAGAUACGCCGACUAUUUGAGGGCGCAGCUGAAAGAGUUGAUGUAGUGCAAAGCCAAUGAUUGCAGCCAUUUUGAAUGGAUAUGUGAGAACAAUUACAAGCGAUGUUAUUUUGUCCAAAGAUCUGGUUUUUCCACAACAAAUACAUAUGUGUCCAUUUGACUAGUUUUUCCUCUUGCAAUGUUGUCAAAUCAUAGUACCGGUGCUCUCUCUUGUAAAGAAACCUUUACAAGAGAGUUUCCCAACCCGUAUUUAGCCAAGGCGCUCACUUUACAGUGGAGAAAUCUCACAGCGCACUUGACCAAAAACAAAAUGUCACAAAAACUCACGAUGAGCUCAUCUGAAUUGACUCACAAACUGUUUAGUUGAACACAUAAAGUUUUUAUUCUGCUGUAUGAAUGGCAACAGGUUUAUAAACGGAUGAAUUGUACAUUCUGCCAUCCAGUGGAAGAGCAUUCAGCACCACAUCUAUUGAUUCUGCUAAUAACUACACGUCACAGGCAGAGGUAGACCAACAAUUUAAUGAAAUCCAAUUUCAUCCUCUUAUUUAUUUACUAAUUAUGAAUAAUAAAUGACUAGAAAUUCUAAAGCCAUACGGUUACUGCAGCAUUCUUACUGGUGCUUUUCCGCACACAUUUCUUCAACAGAAGACUUUGGAUCUCCUUGUUUAUUUUUUGUUUUGCAAAUAAAGUUGUCGCAUCCGUA